AUGGCACCUCCGAAGUCCUCACGGGCUGUCGGUGACGAUCACAAGGCGGACAACGCCAGCACUGGUUCCAAAGAAAAAGGCACUGGACCGACCUCAGCCAAGAUGCGUCGUGGAGCAAGCCAGUCCAGUGCUUCACAAUUACGAGAAGCAGCAAAUGCUCCUACAUCAGCUCCUUCACAAAAUGCUGUAGAGUCGCAAGCACCAACGAUCAAUUGGUCCUCUUUUGAACGCGAUGCACUCCAUACGUACCGUCGCGAGCAUCAAUUAAAUACACCAGCCUCGUUCGUUAGCAAGUUCCAUCACUCAGUGUUGUCUCGCCCUGGUAGCAUCGGCCAUUACUCUCCAACAAUGAUUCGGAAGCAACAAGCCCGUCGGGAGAGUAAAGACACCUUGGCAAAAGCUGUUAGGAAGCACUUUAACGGCCUUGGAAUACAGGAAAAUGACGUAAUCGUCGAUUUCAUAUACAGAAUCCGAAGCGAAAAGAUAUCCAGAGCAGGGGGGCCAAAUAGGCAACCCGGAAUCAUCUGGGACCACUAA